AUGGACGAGCUGAAGAAGUCACCUGUCGAAGAGACGAGCACGAGCAUCGACUACGGCGUCUCCGAAGCAGGUCCGGUCAUCUAUAUCGAUCCAGCGAAGGAGGCGGCCUGCCGGAAAAAGUUCGACACGUACCUCGUGCCAAUCUCGGUCAUCUACCUCGUCCUGUCAACUUUGGAUCGCAACAACAUUGGUAAUGCUCGCGUAUUCGGCUUCGACGAAAGUCUCGGCCUUCAUGGCAACCAAUUCGGCAACAUUAUCACCCUCUCCUCCGUCUGCACCGUCGUCUUCGAGGUCCCCUGGGUCAUGUCCGUCAAGCGCUGCGGCGCCCGUAACGCCAUCGGCACGGCGUUCGUCUUGUGGAGCGCCUGCACGAUCGGGACGGCAUUCAUCCACACGUACGGCCAGCCAAUUGCGGUCCGAAUGCUGUUGAACGCUGCAGAGGCUGGACUGGCACAGGGUUUCGCAUUCCUGUUCUCUCAGAUCUACCCUCCCACGUUGGCGGGCAAGCGGAUUAUGACGACCAACAUCGCACAGUGUAUUUCUGGCGCAUUCGGCGGACUGUUUGCGUAUGCCUUCCAGACCACGGGUGCCCGGAACGGACUCGAAGCGUGGAGAUGGCUGUUCAUCAUCGAGUUUCUCAUCACUCACUGUCGUCAUCUGUGGUGUUGGAUUGUUCUUCCUUCCCAAUACACCUGA